UAUGCUUGCGUCGUAAGUGAGGACCGCGCUUAACCGAAGCGGUCCAUGGGAUAUGCUUGUUUUCUGGAAACGUUUGGAACCAGUCACUAUUGGUUUUACGAUAGGAAGAGUUUAAAAGCUCCCUCUCUGAUUUGCAGUGUCACUAACAAUGAAGGGCAAUAUGACAUUGCGUGCAAUUAUUCUCACAAACCAUUACAGGUUUUAUAACUUCCGCGUUCGCUAAUUGCAGUCAAAAGUCCGGGUUGAAACAUUCCGCUUACAAAAAUAUUGCAUGACAGAGCGGUUUCUGUUCUUUGGUUUAAAGUCGGAAAUUGGAUAAAAAAAGUAUGGAUACCGCGUUCAUUUAAUAACGUUAGUAUGUCUCCUAAAGAAAUCGGUGGGACAUAAUGCGUUUAGGUAAGCUUCAAAGGGCGAAAAAGCGGCAAAGCGGCAAAUAUCCUGUGGGAGGAUGGGGGUAGAGGGGGACAAUCAAGAAAUCCAAACCAAUUUGCCUUUGUUUGACAACUAGAUCAAAUUUACAUGAAAAUGAUCAGGCGCGUUCAUAUAAGGGCUUGACACUAAGAACUCGUUUUGAAACAAAAGGUAACUGAGGAACUCGGAGAUGGCCUCUUGGGAGUAAACUUCAAAACUAAGGACACCUCCAGCGAGGACGAAUACAUGACAGCCGGACUCAGACUCAAAUGAGAUAGACUACUUCUAAAGCAAGUCACAGGCAUCUUGUUGGUUCAUUAGUUAGAAGACAUCUUCAACCAAUUUACCAAAAUGCGAUUUAAUUACAAUUUGACGAAACAAAAGAGAAUGUAAACAAUCCAAGCAAAGAAGCUUAUCUCUUGUCAAAAAUCUGACAUUUGUACAUGACGGAAUUUCGAGGCGAACUAAUAUUAAACACAUACAAUGUUUAUCGUCAGUGAUGGAUCGGUGAUCAGAAGUGACAAAGGUAGAGCAAGUCGUCGUAUUCGACUGAAGACUGCGUUGAUAUGGAUGCGUAUCGUACCCGGGGUGAUACAGAACUGGGUUAUACAGGUAGCACGCAGACUUUGGGUGUCAAGUCCUUAGGUAGCACUGCGUCGUUGGCAAAAAAUGGCCGGAGAGUUCGUUCGGGCUUGAUUUUUUUCUGCGUACUUCUGCUGCUUGUCUGCAUUGCGCUCGCUGCUUACCUGAUAGUGACUGCCGUCAAGCAAGAUGGAUCAAGUGAAACAGAUGGCGAAGCAUGCAAGAAAAUGAAGACUAGCCAACAGAACCACUGUAGUUCAAGUUCAUGUCUGGAGGUUGCAGGUGCAAUAAAGCAGAACCUGAACGAGUCUGUUGAUCCGUGCAAGGACUUCUUUCAAUACUCCUGCGGCACUUGGAUCAAGGACAAUCCAAUUCCAUCAUCUGAAAACCGGUUCUCAACUUUUUCUCAGCUACUUGACAAGAACAACAGGAAACUGCUGUUGCUCCUGUUAGAGGAUGACGACUUUCCAAGCGGACACGCUGUAAAGAAAACUAAAGACUAUUUCAAAUCUUGCAUGGCGGAAGACCAGAAUGACAACACUGCUGUCCCUGAGUUAAAACGCCUUAUUACUCAAUACGGAUCGUGGCCAGUGGGAAAUACUUCAUGGAAGGAGUCAACAUGGAGUCUUCCUGAGGUUUUAGUGGCAUUCCAAAGGGAGUUUUCAUCCAUUUCACCUCUGUUUGAACCUCAAAUUGAUACAAAUCCUUUCAAGUCUUCACAACACAUUUUAAAGAUAAUGCCUCCAUCCUUGAGUCUUAUUCGCGAGAAGUACCUGAACUCUGAAAACAAGACGCGGUCGGCUUAUUUGAAAUACAUGACCAAAGUAGGAAAGCUGCUCGGAGGAGGAAAUGACACGAAAGAACAAAUGGCAAAGGUUUUGGAGCUGGAGGGAAAGAUUGCAAAGAUAACUCCGCCACGGAGUGAGUUAAUCAAAAAUUUCCAGCGCACCAUGAACAUAACAGAACUUCAACGCAGGGCCCCAGGAUUUGGUUCCACAUGGUUGGAAUUUAUAAACAAGCUGUUGAAACCUUUUAAUGUCUGGGUGAACGCAUCAGAUAGCCUCAUUGUACCUUCCCCCGAGUAUCUACGAAAUCUGUCUCAUGUUGUUAAUGAAACAGAUAGGAGGACUCUGUCAAAUUAUAUGAUGUGGACCUUCGUACGUUCUGUUGUCCCCUAUUUGUCACGUGAUUUUCGGUCUGCGUUAUUGGAAUAUCAAAAGGAAAUGGAAGGCAAGAAAGCUGCCGAGACACGAUGGUUGUCGUGUCUGGAGGACAUUAAUUCCUACAGCCACGGACUUACAUUUGCUCUAGGCUAUAUGUGGGUUUCCAAGGUUUUCGACUCUGACGUGAUUCCACUCAUUCAAGAAAUGAUGACGACGAUUAAAACAACGUUUCGAGAUGAAACGUCACGCUACGAAUGGAUAGAUGAUCAGACCCGACAAAAAAUUAUCGAAAAGGAAAAAGCAAUGAAGAACAAGAUUGGUUUUCCAAAGCUCUGCGCCAAUGAAACAUUGCUGAAUGAAUAUUAUAAAGAUAUAAACAUCAGCCGCAGCAAUUACCUUCUGAAUGCACUGAGAGUGACGAAGUGGCGAACAAGGCGUUCCUUUUCGGAAUUUAAGAAUCCAGUGGACAAAGAACAGUGGUAUGUUGGACCUCAGCUGGUGAACGCGUUUUACUUACCUAACAGAAACGAAAUAAACAUCCUGGCCGGAAUUCUGCAGCCACCAUUCUUUUACGGACAAAAGGCACCAAGGGCGGUGAACUUUGGAGCAAUUGGAAUGGUUCUGGCACACGAACUUUCCCACGGAUUCGACUCGACCGGUCAGUAAUUGAAUCAGAAAAUCUCAUUCCUUAAUUUGUAAGGUGACUCCAUAGGGUACAUCAUUUAUCGCUUUGCGCGCGCUGGUGUUUUGAAAGCUGGUUUUCCUUUGAGCUCGGGCGGAUUACUAAAGCUUAGAAUUCCUCGUCUGCAUCUCGCUAAAGAUGGAUUUGCCAAACACGCCCCCUGCGAAGUUAUAAAAUCAGCAAUACAUGUACAGACUAAAGGCAUAGACCAGAA